AUGGCCCAGGUCGUGGUCCUGUCGGACACGGACAGCACUGAGGACCUGGAGGAGGGGCAGCCCAGCCUGGCUGACAUGGCUACAUCACUUGAGAAAGACAGCACUUCUGAUGUGGUAUCGCUUGGCUCUGUUGAAGAGAUAACAAGCCCUAACAGAGACCACAUUGUGCAUGAAGUUAUCGAAAACCAGAGAAGUAUUGAAGAAAUCUGCAUCUGCUGUGGCAGUUUUAAGGUUCAUACCCAGCAUCCCUUAUUUCAUGGAGGGAUUUGUUCUCUAUGUACAGAGAACUUUCUGGAAACAUUCUUCCUGUAUGAUGAUGAUGGCUUGCAGUCUUACUGUACCAUCUGCUGCUCGGGAAAGAUCCUGCUCAUGUGUGAUGAACCAACUUGUAACAGGGGUUAUUGCUUCAAAUGCUUGGAUGUCCUUGUCAGUCCUGGCACUGCAGAGAAAGUGAAAGCUAUGAAUACCUGGCUGUGUUUUAUGUGCUUGCCUUUGAGCUCUCAUGGUUUACUGCAGAAGAAACAAAGAUGGCAUACAAGACUGAAAUGUUUCUACGAUCAGGAGUCUGAGAACCACUUCAAAAUUUAUCGGCCUGUACCUGCAUGGGAACGAAAACCAAUCAGCAUUCUCUCCCUUUUUGAUAAUAUUACACCAGAGAUGAAAAGUAUUGGAUUUUUGGAUAGCAGCCUGGGGAACGGCAGGUUGAAAUAUUUACAUGAUGUCACCAAUAUUCUAAGGAUGAAUGUAAAAGAAUGGGGUCCUUUUGAUUUCAUAUUUGGUUCCACUCCUCCGGUUGGAAAUUCGUAUGAUCAUCCUCCUGCAUGGUACUUCUAUCAAUAUUACCGGAUUCUACAAUAUGGGAAACCCCUAGAGAAUAGUGAGAGGCCAUUCUUUUGGAUGUUUGUGGAUAAUCUGGUGCUGACAGAAGAAGACAGAGAUACAGCAUCUCGAUUCUUUAAGACAGAGGCAGUGACUGUACACAGGGAACAUGGAGAAACUAUCCAGAAUGCCGUGAUCAUAUGGAGUAACAUACCAUCUGUUAAGAGUUCCCACAUUCCCACAUCUGCAAGCAAGCCAAACUGGUAUUCUGAGUUUGGAAGACAUUCAGACAGGGAUGAAAUAAGUUCCAUUCACUUAAGUGGUCUAAUUAAGCAAUAUCCGAAGCAGCAACAACUCCUAAAGCCCAAGUCAGAAAUUUGGAAAUGGGGCUUUAGCAAAAAAAGAAUUGGAGAAUUCUACCUCUCACUCUUCAUGUAG